GUGAAAACGACAAUUAAGACACCGAUCCCUAUCGACCCAGAAGAACUCGCGGAGGACCCGAACAAAAUCCACAAACUGACUUUCACCACUUCCACCUCGCUGCGGUUGAACUUUCAGUUUCUGAUCAAGGCGAGGACGCGAAUGCAGUGGCAGCGGCGGUACAUAUCCUGUGCAAAAGUAUCGUACUCGUAUUGCAGUCAUGCAUUACAAAUCUUUUUGUUUUAGCUAAAUCCGCAUAUGCUGAGAAAUGCAUUUAUACGAGUGCGAUACUUUUGCAGUUCAUAGUACAGCAAGGAAUACAAGUGGGAUAUGGAUGUGCUGAAGCAGCAAAUCGAGAAGUUGACGCUGGGCGACAUCCAACGCGAAGCGGCGAACGAAGGCGUUCCGAACUUGCUGUCCGUGGAGAGCAGCACCAAGGGCAAUAUGCAUUGCAAAUAUGUCUGGGUCCGGAAGAAUGCAAACUUGUUAGGCGCAUUUCACAACACAUAAAAAUCUCUCAUGCACAGGCAGCAAAAGCUACCCACUUUCUGUCACCAAAAUGAGGCAUUUGUCAUGCGGAUUCGGCAUUGCGGAAGCUGCCUCUCGAAACCUGUGAUGCUAUAGGUUCCAUGCCAGACCUUCUGCGUCAUGCAAAAACAGCAUGACUCUUCCAGACCCAGACGCUUUUGCACUUGAUAGGCAAGUGGUGGAUCCAACUGAAAGAUCCAAAGGCGCUGCAGAUCCUGGUAUGAGAGUGCACAACUCCCGCCCCCCCCUCCCCCCUCAUUUGUAUUGCAUGAACAGCAAAAAUACAAACACCAGCACACGUGGAGCCUGUGCAUGACAAAUUCACGCGCCUAGUGUAGUACUGUUUGGGCUUCCGGAAUCUGUCAUGCAAACAGUGCCACAGGAAAGCACUUAGAUUUCGGGUUUUGCGUGACAAAUGAGGGCGAGGGGGAGUUGUGCACUCUCAUACCUGGCGAUCAUUGACCCGAAUGGGGUGAGGAACUUGAAUGCCGACUACGAAGACCGACACUCGUAUCCAGGAUGAAAAAGGCUGUCGUGUUAGUGGAACUUUCUUGUGAAGAUGAAAACAGCAUACACAAAUAUCGAUCUGCCGGGUGGACAGCAAAAACUUGUGAUGCGCAGAUAGACUCGCCUACGAUGCAUGCUUGUCGAGCAUGACAGGUGAUAGCUGUUAGUUCGUGUUUCGCUGCGCAAGAAUGCAACACAAAGAAGUUACACUUCACUUACAUCACUUUUUUUCUUGCAUAGCUCGCGGCUCUUCC